AUGUCAGCGCGGUAUUUGUGCGCUCCCCGCGCGCAUAUCUGCGUGCGUGCGUGUGUGUGUGGGGGGGGGGCUGGGAUUGCCGCGGGGUGGCCCCUGUCUGUUGACACAUAUGUGCAGGUUCACGAGCUGCAGCUGGCUUGCCUGCUGCAAGGAGGACACAGAAACCACCCGGUCACGUGCCCGGAUUGUCACUCCCGGGAUAUGAAGAACCACGGAAGCCACCUCAGGUGCCUCAAAACGGGGGGGAGGGGAAUAAACCCGACUUGCUUCCGGGGACUCCGCGGGUGGGGUGGUGCUCUGGUCCGUACUGACAGGGAGCAUCAUCAGCAGACUGGAGGCGGGUCGGUGUUGUGGACGAGGGCACUACCCCUCCCGGACGUGUGGCUGGGGGGCCUUAUGGUGGACCCCCUGGACAGCCGCCUUCUGGCGGUCAGCAGCCUCCAGGGGGGCCUGGCGCUUAUAACCCUGGAGGAGCCCCACCCGCCGGGGGGGGCCCCGGGGGGGGAAAGAGUGGGGAUCAGGGUGCAACGAGCGGGGCAUACAGGGCCCUUCCAGCCCCACUUUUGCGCCACCAGGGGACUUAUGUUCCUGUUGCUGCCCAGGUAG